AUGAUUGUUCUCAAUGCUGUAAUUGAUGCAUACAGUAAAUGUGGCGAACUGGAUACGUCAUAUUCUAUUUUCAGUCAAAUGCAGGAGAGAAAUGUUGUUACCUGGACCUCAAUGGUUGUAGCCUAUUCUCAGACAUCGAUGUUAGAUGAUGUUUUUCGAGUGUUAAGUUGUAUGCCGGAAAAAGAUGUCCAUACUUGGACUGCUUUGAUUAAUUCUUUUGUAAGCAACAAGUUUUUAGGUGCUUGUGUAGAUCUUGGUUUGAUAGCAAAAGGAAAAACGAUUCAUGGACUCAUAAUCAGAAGGAACAGUGGCCUUAAUUUUUCAAAGGAGAAUGAUAGAUGUAGGGAUAAGACCGAAAGUGCGUUUCUAGAUGUGCUGUCUGCCUGUUCCCAUACUGGUUUGUCAUCUAAAGGAUUAUAUAUUCCGGAGUUAAUGGAGAAGUGUUGUGGGCACAUAAUGGAUCAAAACAUGUCAUGGGGUGCAGUUUUGGGGUCUAGUAGAAUGCAUGAAAAUUUGGACCUGGCUAUGAGAGCUGCAGAAACUUUGAUUGACAUGGAGCCUGAUAAUGCUGGAAGAUAUAUAAUGUUGUCUAAUGUAUUUGCAGCAAAUAGAUGGAUGAAUGCCCAUAGCGUGAGAAAACUCAUGUUGGAAAGAGGUUUCAAAAAGGGAGUAGCAUAUGACUGCAUAGAAAUUAGAAAUACAAGACAUAAGUUUGUGGCAAGAGAUACUUCCCAUAGGCAUAUGGAGAUAUCUUCUAUGAAAUAUGACUGGGAUUUUCAUUCUGUUGCUCUUCAUACCAUAUUGAUGACUGAUCAUUACUUCAAUUUCUGUAACCCGAUUGUAUUUGCUUAA